UGUCGAUAUGUUAAAUAGAAAGCUAAAAAAUUAAUCGCAUAUGUCAAUCUCCAUUGAUAAAACAUAUAUCUCAGCGAGUAUUUGCAGGGUUUAGAGAAAAGGCAAUUAAAUGAGAUCCUCAAGGCUGCUUCUCAUCUUGUUUUCCACCUUUUUUCACACAUACCUCGUCAAUUUAAGCUUUGCUGCUGAUUCCUUUUUCCAGUCUCGUUGUCUUCCCAAUGGCAACUUUGCUGAUGGCAGUACUUACCAGAACAACCUCAACUAUCUCUUCUCCCAGGUCUCGUCUCAGGGUAUCAAUCGUGCGUUCUAUAGUCAGAUAAAUAGUGGGAGCCCCGACCAGAUCAGCAUAACCGGAUUCUGCAGGGGAGACCAACAGCAGGAUGCAUGCCGUAUUUGUCUCAACGACAUCAUCUCGAAGAUUCAGCAGAACUGCUCCAACUACAAAGAGGCAAUUGGGUGGUCGGAUUUCUAUAUGUUACACUACGCAAACCGAUUAAUCUCCAGAGAGGUUGCCGAAGUCAACCCCUUCAUAAUACGACCUACUGGUACAACAAGUGAUGAUCAGUUCAAUCAGGCGGUAAGGUCGCUGUUGUCUACGUUAACAAGCCAAGUGGCAACCGGCACUGGAAUUUCUCUUCAAAAUUAUGCAUCGGGUGACACCGGUUUGGGAAUUUACGCACUUGUGCAGUGCACUCCCUAUCUGCCGUCGGAAGAAUGUAGCAGUUGUCUCGAGACAGCCAUAGGGAAGAUGCCUGGAACUACAGGCUGCAAAGGAAUGACCGGAUGCAGAGUUCUGCUACCAAGCUGUAACUUGAGAUAUGAGACUUACGGCUCUCCGUAUUCACCCCCUCCUCCGAAUGAUAAUCCUCACCCACCAUCGUCUCUGUCUUCACCCCCUCCUCCGAAGGGUAAUCCUCACCCACCACCGUCUCCGUCUUCACCUCCUCCUGCUCCUCCUCCACCGAAAGACGAUGUUCCUCAGCCAUCACCGUGGCCGUCUUCACCUCCUCCAGGGAAAUAUGUUCCUCGGUCGUCGCCGUCGUUUCCUCCUCUAUUGAAAGGUAAAGUAGGCCGGUGUUCUUAGCCUCCGCCAUUACCUUUUGCAGUCUUCUUCUACUAGCAAUUUUGCUUAUUUAACUUUAACAAUUGCAUAUUUGCAGUCAAUUUCAUAUUUAUCAAUUUACAUAAGAAAUCUUUUAACUAAAA